GUUCUAACGCUUUUGGCGGCACGUUUUCCCACAACCAUCUUCUUCACCGCGUUUUCAUUCAUCCAUCCAGGGAUACCCAGAAGAAGACGUUGUUCGACUCGCAGAGACGUGACAAACUAUCAGGAUGUCGAAUGAAAAGAGUGCACCUGUUGACCGCGGACAGGCUGUGGCCCUGAUUAUCUUUGUGCUCGGUCUAGGAACUCUGCUGCCCUGGAAUUUUUUCAUCACAGCAUCUAAGUAUUUCAAUGAACGUCUCAACUCAACUGGCACAUCAGGAACUUCUCCCAAAGACUAUAGCUAUGACAGCUGGAUGGCUUUGCUUUCCCAACUGCCACAGCUGCUGUUUACCCUUCUCAACUCUUUCCUGUAUCAGCGCGUGAGGGAGCGUGUUCGUGUGCCCUUCAGCCUGGUCGGCAUCUUCCUCCUUUUCUCUCUCACUGCUGCUUUGGUCAAGGUCCCCAUGGAGCCGGACAACUUCUUUUCCAUUACUAUGGCAACCAUCUGGUUCAUUAACAUGUGCGGAGCAGUGCUGCAGGGCAGUCUCUUCGGUAUGGUGGGCCUCUUACCCCCUCGUUACAGCACUCUGUUCAUGAGUGGUCAGGGCCUCGCUGGGAUCUUUGCCGCCUUAGCCAUGCUCUUCUCUAUUUUAGGUAAAUCAGAUCAAAGCUCGGCUGCACUGGGAUACUUCAUAACACCCUGUGUGGCUACUCUGGGGACUCUGGUAUGCUACCUGCUGCUGCCACGCCUGAAGUUUGCUGAUUUCUAUCUGAACAGACAUCAGCCUGAUAAAGUGGAGGAGGUCUUCCUUGAGAGCACAGAAAAAAAUAAAAAGGACCUGGAGGCAAACGGGAAGCUCAGUAAGCAAGAGGAGAAUCAGGAACAUUCCUCAGUCCUGGCUGUCUUUAAGAAGAUCUGGCUGAUGGCUCUGUGCGUGACGUGUGUCUUUGCUGUUACCCUGUCGGUGUUUCCUGUCAUCACGGUGCGAGUAAGGACUGUCUACGACAAUGAUGGAUGGGACAAUGUGUUCACCUGUGUCUGCUGCUUCAUUGUUUUCAAUGUCAUGGACUUGGCCGGUCGCACAACCCCAUACAUCGUCCAGUGGCCGUCGAAGGAGAGUCGUUGGUUUCCUGCCGUCGUGUUUUCUCGCCUGGUCUUCAUCCCUCUGGUCAUGUUAUGUAAUGUCCAGGACUCUAAACUCACCGCCGUCUUCCGCCACGACUGUGCCUUUGUCGUCAUCAUGGCUCUGUUCGCCUUCUCGAAUGGAUACCUGGCAAGCCUCUGCAUGGCCUACGCUCCACAGUUGGUGUGGUGUAAGGAUUGCGAGACAGCUGGCUCUUUGAUGACCUUCUUCUUGGUCCUGGGUUUGGCUGUGGGAGCAUCGUUCUCAUUCCUACUAGGAAAACUGGUUUAAAGGUAGUAGGAAAACUGUAUAUCUGACAUUUGAUGACAUGUUGUUAUGAAAAGUGUAAAAGCACUUGAAGCUUAUCCUGUUCUUAGUUAUAUCUUAUAUCUUAUAUGAGACACAACGACAACUCUAUAUAAAGUACUGAGCUGUCCACUUGUUGCACUGGCAUUUUAAAGUAAGCCAUGCAGGAUUUCUAAAUGAAUGUUUUACUCUUUGUAAGACAGAGUAAGUAUUUCAGUCUCAGGUAGGUGCUGGCAUUAUUUUACGUGAUUUGUGCCACGUUGAAUACUUCAUUGGAAAGGGCAAUUCAUUUGAGAGACAUUGAUCAAUGCAGCUAAAAUAAAUCAUUUCUCUCUUGUUGUUUUUUUUAAAAUAUUAAUUAAUGUGACCUUUUAUAUCUUUGCUUUACACGACUGUAUUUAUCUCUCAGUUUUUGAGUGUUUUUUAAAAAUAUUAAUGUUUUUUACCUGAAGACAGUUUAAAAAAAAUACUUAAAUUAAAUGAACUAUAAACUUUUUCACUGCUUAUUUCUGUUUUUGUAAUUUUUAUACGUUGCAAUAAAUGUUUUUUUAUGUAUGUUCAAACUUUUAAUAAAGGCUUGUUCAAAA